AUGAACCUAAUCGCCUACUCAGACUCCGAGUCCGACGGCGAGGCGCCCGCGCCUGCGCCAAAGCCGGCGCCCAAAACAUUCCACAAGGUCGUCGACCGUUCGAACCCAGGGCGCAUCAGGCUCAAUCUGCCCGGCGCAUCGCCAACUACUACCGCCGAGGAUGAUAUCGAGUCCGAGGCCCCACCAGCAAAGAAAGCGCGUACGGGCGGUGGAGGCGGUGGCUUCGGUGGCUUCAACUCGAUGCUGCCCGCGCCUAAGAAGGCAAACGUCAAAGCACCUGCAACAAGCGCGACGCCGGGAAGCAGAGGCCUUGGGAAAGGACUGGGCGCUGGUGUCAACCUGAGGACGGGCGCGGAGCCUGCCUUCAAGAGAGAACCCAAGCUGGAACUCGAGGAGUACGACGAGAACGGCAAUGUCAUCAAGAGGGAGCCGAUGCAGAAGGAAGAUUUCAGAGCCAUGCUGAACCUGCCAACGCCCAAGGCAGAGCAGAAGACGUGGCCAAAGCCAGAAUUGCCUGCUCCCGUACCAGAGACAGCAGAGAGUGCACCGGCUCUCAAGCCAGCCGCCCCCAGAUUCGUGCCAAUGUCAGUUGGCAAGGGCAAGAAGAAGAAGCCCGUGGCUCCUCGUCCAGCCGCACCACCGGCUGCGGACAGCAAGCCUGCGUCUGCGCCACUCAUGGACGCUGUGCCACCGCGGAAACCGAAGGUCUCGCUGUUCGGCGUCUCACAAGAAGCAGAAGCGCCUUCAAAGGAAACUCCAAGCGGCGCAUACCAGCCGAUAAUGUAUGGUUUCGAUGAAGAGGAAGAGGAGGACGAUGCCCCGGGUCCGGACGAAGCUUUCGGCGCACCCUCUGCACAUCGCCCUGCACAAUACGCACCAACACCAGCAGCGCACAACGAACUCACCAACAUCGCGUCAGAGCUCAAUCUGUCGGAGGCCGAGCGGCGGCAGCUGUUUGGAAAGCAGGGACGAAAUGGACCUGACUUCUCUUCCGCACGGAUCGUUGAGUUCAACACAGACACGGAGUAUGCGCACAACGAGCAACUGCGGCAGCAGGGUGAACAAGUGCAGCAUAACCCGCUCAAGUCGAUAUCGGGUACGGGAAAGAACAGUCUGCGGAGCUUGGUCAAUGUGGCGAGCACGCAAAAGGACGCGCUCGAGGAACACUUUGCGACGAGUCACAGGAACAAGAAAGAGGCUGGCAAUCGGUAUGGUUGGUAA